UCGUCCUGUGAUUGGGUGUAGAGAUGCUUGGAGAGGUGUAGCGUGGAUUGAUGGGCUGUUCGUAGCCCGCCACAUUCGGGAGGAGAGUGCCUGUGUUCAGUGUGGCGGUGACCGGUGCGUUUACUCUACGGAAUGAAGACGGAGGAACAAAAUCUAAACAUGUCAUUUAUUGACACCACCAUCAAGAUGAGGAAACAGGCAAACGCCAGGAAGUUUGUCUUGGCCAGCGCUCUUCUGAAUGUGUCUCUAGCAGGGAUUAUUUACACCGAGAUGACUGGUAAAACUGUUGGAACAUAUUUUAAUAUUCCAGACUGGCCAUUUUGGUAUUUUGAACUAGCACUUGCUUUACUGUUUAGUGUGAACGCAUUAUUUGAAUUUUGGAGGUACUUCAAAUACACAGUUUCGUCUUCAUACAUUGCUUUGAGCCCUUCCCAGCAGAAGCUUCUGGGGAUACCAAAGUCAUUUGUGCAUUCCAGCCCGCCGAAGGAACUGACAAAAAAUACAACGCCAACACCCCCACCUUACGCAGGCAUGCAAGGACAAAGUGUACUGAGCUAUAGCCCUUCGCGGUCACCCAGCACAAGUCCCAAGUUUUCCUCCAGUUUCAUUGGUGGUUACAGUCCUCAGAUACAAAAUGCUCUGUCAAGUAGCAGUAGCUCUUUUACUUCAUCUGUGCCAUACACACCGAAUAGCAGUUACUCUAAGAUACAGAGUUAUAGUCCUCCUUCGGCAUCACCACAGUAUCUUAGUACUCUUGGUCCAGUGGAAAGCAGUGGAUUAAGAUCUCGCUACCGGUGCUCACCAUCAUCCUACAAUUCUCUAACAGACCCAGAGGACUACAUAACAGACCCCAAGGUAUUGGACGCUUUUCUUCGCAGUGAAGAGGAAAAGCAGCACCGUUCCCAACUAGGAAGCCCGGAAUCUAAUAGUCCUUCGAACAGCCCAACAUUUUGGAAUUAUAGCCGCUCUAUGGGUGAUUAUGCACACACGCUGAGGAAGUACCAGUACCAGUUGGCAUGCCGGUCCCAGGCUCCUUCCGCACAUAAAGAUGAAGCUGAUCUUGGUUCUAAGCAGGCAGCGGAAGAGAUCUGGGCAAGAGUUACAAUGAAUCGACAGCUGCUGGAACAUAUGGAUUCAUGGACAGAGAAAUUCCGUAAUUGGAUGAGCGAAACUAUUCUGGUACCUUUGGUCCGUGAGAUGGAGUUGGUGAACCUGCAGAUGAGAAGGCUUGGGUGUCCUGAAUUACAAAUAGGAGAAUCAAGCAUUACCAGUUUAAAACAAGCAGCUCUGGUGAAAGCCUCUCUUAUUCCAACACUGAACGCCAUUGUGCAGUAUCUGGACAUCACCCCGAAUCAGGAAUACCUAUUUGAGCGCAUUAAAGACCUUUCCCAAGGAGGGUGCAUGAGCUUUUUCCGAUGGAAUGGAGGAGGCGAGUUUAAAGGUCGCAAAUGGGAUACUGACCUUCCCACAGACUCUGCAAUACUAAUACAUGUCUUCUGCACAUAUUUUGACUCUCGCCUACCUGCGCACCCUAAGUAUCCUAAUGGAAAAACUUUUACCUCACAGCACUUUGUGCAGACACCUGAUAAACCAGAUACCUCAAAUGAAAAUGUGUUUUGCAUCCAUCAAAGCAGCAUUAAUCCUCCACAUUUUGAGCUGGUCUACCAGAAGCACAUUUAUAACCUGCCAAAGGGAAGGAACAAUUUAUAUCAUACGUUACUAAUGUUCCUGUACAUAAUAAAGACCAAAGAAUCAGGAAUGCUUGGGAGAGUCAACCUUGGAUUAUCUGGAGUGAAUAUAUUGUGGAUUUUUGGCAACCAUUAAUAGUACAAUUUUUUUUUAUUUAUGAAGCAUAUUUUUAGAACCAUCUUCUGAUCAGGACCUACAGGAUCGCAACAGAGGCCUUCAAUGUAAUUCACUGACAAC